AUGAGCGCACGGCCAGAAGAAAUACAACCCGAUUUCUUCGUACCUUCGAGUCAACAAUCUACAAAUAAUUCACUAGAAUUUGAAGCAUCAUCAAAAGCACCAGUGUCAUUUAAUGACAUCGUCAGAAUUUUAGUUUUCUACGAUAUGGGCUGGAGUACUCGAGGUACAGGACGGAAUUAUAAUAGUUUGAAUGGCUUCGGAGCAAUUAUUGGUCAUUUUAGUGGACUUGUGUUAGACUAUUCUACUUGUAAUCGUAAGUGUAGAAAAUGCGACUCAUCAAAUAAUCCUCCAGAUCAUGACUGUCGAAAAAACUUUUAUGGUUCUGCAAAGGCUAUGGAGCCUCAAGUUGCCAAAAAAAUUGUUGUAGAAAGCGAUGUUUUGAGAAUUAACAAAGUAGAAGUUGGAGUACUAAUAGGAGAUGACGAUAGUUCCACCAUAGAUAUUAAACAUCCGAUUAUAAAACAAUCUGAUGUCAAUCACACAUCUGGAGGAGUCAAAAAACAAUUAUAUUCAAUCCAAAGAAAUCAUGGAGAAUUGACGAAAGAUCGUAUAAAUUAUCUACAUCGAUGUUUCAUGUAUGCUGUAGCCCAAAAUCGAGGAAAUAGUCAAGCUAUGGCUGAAGCUAUCCGUUGCAUACCUUAUCAUACUUUCAAUGACCAUAGUAAAUGCGGUAACUGGUGUGGUUUUAUUCGUGAUAAGGAGAAUUAUGAUCACAAAGUGAUCCCUGGAGGUUUUGAGGACAAAAACUUGUUCACAGAUUUAAAAAAUAUUUUUGAGAAACUAGCUGAAAACGCUAAAAAAUUUUCAAGUGGAGCUUCUAGUAAUUCAAAUGAAAGCUUGAAUGCUACAAUGAUGAGUAAACAUCCGAAAUCAAGGUGUUAUAGUACUACCGCUUCAGCAGAUUUUCGGUAUGCUUGUGCUGUGGGACAAAAGAAUUUGGGAGAAAAAUACACUCAAGAGAUACUAAAAACUAAGAGAAAUGAACUGAAAAGAAAUCGAGCUGCACUACGAUACCGGAAAGAAAAUGUAGAAGGUGUUACUUAUGAAAGCAAUUGCGCACUUUUAAGUGAACCUGCAAUUCAAACAGAAGAACAAGUUACCUGCCCAGAUUUUGUCAAUGAUCCAAAUGAAAAUCCAGUUGUGUUUUUUGAUUUAGAAACUUCUGGCUUGGACAAAAACUGGGAUAUACUGCAAAUCGCUGCCAAAUAUGAUAACGAUAAAUUUAAUACAUACGUGACACCAACUCAACAAAUUGCAGCGAGUGCUACUGCAGCGAAUGGUUUAAUUAAUUGUCAUGGAGAUUUAAUGUAUCACGGCAUCAAAGUUAAUUCUGUACCAAUAAGAUUAGCUUUGGUCAAUCUAUUAGAGUGGCUAAAAUCUAUUGGUAAAAAGGGCUAUCUUGCUGCUCACAACUUAUCGUUUGAUGGGCCAAGAUUGAUUAGAAUGAUCUCCAAAUAUUCUCUAAUCGACGAUUAUUCUCAGGUUCUUUGUGGUUUUAUAGACACAUUAGAAGUUGUUAGAAAAACUACAAAUAAGCGAGGCAAAGGAGGUUGCAGUAUUGGCGAGUUAUCUAAUCUACUAAAAAUUAACUCUGCAGGAGCACAUAAUGCCAUAUAUGAUUGUGAUAUUCUGAGUAAAAUUAUUUACAAAUUAAAUAUAACAAGUGCAAUUUUAAUAGGAAGUGCUCGAAGUUAUGAAGAGAAAGUUGGAUAUUGGAAAAAUCAAGCCGCAGCUAGUCAACAUUUGGCAACAUUACUACCUCUGCAAAGCACUGUAGGUACUGCAAUUCGUACUAAAUUGGCAUUGGUCGGCUACACGAUGGAAAUUUUGCAAACAAUCUAUGACCAGUCUGGUAAGAAUGGUCUACAUCAACAAAUUAAAGAAAAGCUGAAAAUAAAAGGCGUAGCUGGAAUACGUUCAUCAUCAAUCAAUAAGAUUUCAGACUGGUUUAUCAAUAAACAACCUUAA